AUGAGCCAGGAGACUGAUUCUGAGAUCUGUGAGAUUUCGUAUGAAGAGUGGGCCAGCCAAGAGUCUGAUCCAGAGAUGCUUGCCAUAUUGUAUGAGGAGUGGGAGUGGUCAGAGUAUGCGCAGCUAAUCAAGCAGAAUGGGGCUGGCCCGGUGGAUCACCAGGUAGACCAAGAUGAGUCCGUUGAGAUGCUUGUGCACAGGAUGUGCCAACAGCAGGAGUCACCAGAGCUGGGACCGAGUCAUGACGACCGAGGGAAUUUCUCAGGAGGUGAAGAUCAUUAUCCCGAGAUGUUCGCAAUCUCAUAUGAAGAUGAAGAGUGGACAGAGCAGCGCCGACGACUGAUAGAGUACGAGGCGUGGGACUUGCUAUUGCAGAGUCAAACCGAGGUGACACCAGAAAUUCUCAUUGAAUCAGCAUUUCCAUUGCCUCAGUCCCAAGUGGUACUCCCGUCGGUGCAUUGGAUACUCUCGGGCUCGCGGGGAGUUCCAGUUUGGGGACCAUCGCCUUGA